AUGUUAAUACUGUUGUUUAAAUUGCUAAAUUUAAUCAAUCAGAAUAUGAAUGUAAUCAACGAUUUAGAAAUCAAUUUCAAUACAACCGAAUGCCAGAAAUGGUUUGUCCAAAACUGGCACAUCUCGGUCUACCUGUCCAUCGCAUACGUCUGUGUCAUAUAUGUGCUAAAACUCUGGAUGCGAAACAAAAACGCUUUUAAAUUAAACGUCUAUCUGUUUGUAUGGAAUACCUUAUUAGCCGUAUUCUCAACAAUCGGUACUUUCAGAGUUUUAAACGAAAUGUUAUACCGAUUGGUAAAUCAUGGCUUUGAUUAUAGUAUAUGCAGUCAAGAGUAUCACACCCAGGGAUCGGGUCUUUGGAUAUUUUUGUUCAUAUUCUCGAAGAGUUUUGAAUUGUUGGACACUAUAUUCCUGGUGUUGCGAAAAAAGCCCGUGAUGUUUCUGCACUGGUACCAUCACGUGACCGUGCUCAUAUUUUGCUGGUGGUCUUACUCUCUUUAUGCCGGCACCGGGUUUUGGUAUGCGUUUGUCAACUAUACCGUACACUCAUUUAUGUACACCUAUUACGCCUUGCAGUCGAUGGGCGUGAGAGUGCCCUCCGCUCUCUCCAAAGCCAUAACAAUCGGCCAAAUAUUUCAAAUGUUUUUCGGUUUAUUCAUUACUUUAAUGUCAUUUGUAUUGAAAUUUUAUGGCAACGGCUGUGGCGUUAACUACGAUUACGUCGGCGUUUCCAUUGCUCUCUACGGCUCGUAUUUCUAUCUGUUUUAUCAGUUUUUUAAAAAUAGGUGGUCACGCUACAUAUACUACAUAUUAGUGACCGAAAUGUUGACAAAAUCGUCGACCCGACCCAACCCGAACCCGAAUAGACUCGACCCGAACCCGACCCGAACCCUAGAUCCAAAUUUCAAACCCGACCCAACCCGAACCCUAAACCCGAAAAAUAUGAUAAUAUAG